GGGCUGUGGCUAUGGGGGCAGGGAUGGCGCAGCUGGAGGGUUACUACUUCUCAGCUGCGCUGAGCUGUACCUUUUUAGUGUCUUGUCUCCUCUUCUCCGCCUUCAGCCGGGCUCUGCGGGAGCCCUACAUGGAUGAAAUCUUCCACCUGCCUCAGGCGCAGCGCUACUGUGAGGGCCACUUCUCCCUCUCGCAGUGGGAUCCCAUGAUUACUACAUUGCCUGGCUUGUACUUGGUGUCAGUUGGAGUAGUCAAACCAGCCCAUUGGAUCUUUGGAUGGUCUGAACAUGUAGUCUGCUCCAUUGGAAUGCUCAGAUUUGUUAAUCUUCUCUUCAGUGUUGGCAACUUCUAUUUACUAUAUUUGCUGUUCCGCAAGGUACAACCCAGGAACAAGGCUGCCUCGAGUAUCCAGAGAAUUUUGUCAACAUUAACACUAGCAGUAUUUCCCACGCUCUAUUUUUUUAAUUUCCUUUAUUACACAGAAGCAGGAUCGAUGUUCUUUACGCUUUUCGCCUAUUUAAUGUGUCUCUAUGGGAAUCAUAAAACUUCAGCCAUGCUUGGAUUUUGUGGCUUCAUGUUUCGUCAGACAAAUAUCAUCUGGGCAGUCUUCUGUGCGGGAAACCUCAUUGCACAAAAGCUAACUGAAGCUUGGAAAACUGAACUACAGAAGAAGAAGGAAGAGAGGCUUCCAGCCAUCAAAGGACCAUUUUCAGAAUUUAGGAAAAUUCUGCAGUUUCUUUUGGCUUAUUCUAUGUCCUUUAAGAACUUGAGUAUGCUUGUCCUUCUGACAUGGCCCUAUAUCCUUCUAGUAUUUGUGUUUUGUGCUUUCGUUGUGGUUAAUGGUGGGAUUGUUAUUGGUGAUCGGAGUAGUCAUGAAGCUUGUCUACAUUUCCCUCAGCUAUUCUACUUUUUCUCUUUUACUCUCUUCUUUUCCUUUCCCCACUUACUAUUUCCUAGCAAAAUUAAGACUUUUCUCUGCUUAAUUUGGAAACGUAGAAUUCUGUUUUUUGUGAUUGCUUUAGUCUCUUUAUUUUUAGUUUGGAAAUUCACUUAUGUUCAUAAGUAUUUACUAGCAGACAAUAGACAUUAUACAUUCUAUGUGUGGAAGAGAGUUUUUCAGAAAUAUGAGAUAAUGAAAUAUUUGUUAGUGCCAGUCUAUAUAUUUGCUGGGUGGAGUAUAGCUGACUCAUUAAAAUCAAAAUCAGUUUUCUGGAAUUUAAUGUUUUUCAUAUGUGUAUUUAUGGUUACAGUUCCUCAGAAAUUGCUGGAAUUUCGAUACUUUAUUUUACCUUAUAUUUUUUAUAGGCUUAACAUACCUUUGCCGUCCACAUCCAGACUAGUUUGUGAAUUGAGUUGCUAUACAGCUGUUAAUUUUCUGACUUUUUAUAUUUUUCUGAACAAGACUUUUCAUUGGCCAGAUAGUCAAGACAUUCAGAGAUUUAUGUGGUAAUAUCAGGGAUAUUUUUAAUUCUAAAGUCAGACUUAAUAUUUUUAUUUUUUUCACCGUGAACAGGUAGAAAUUGAUAGAUUUCUUUAAUGUACAAUGGUGGUCCGCAGAUCACAUUUUUACAUAUGUUGUAAGCAUAAUAAAUCCAAAAUACUUAAGUAGCAAAGAACUGGGGAGAGUUUAAGA